UGGACCGCAAUGUCAAAAUUGCUGUUCGGCCAUUGCUCGUGAAAAAACAAAUUUGUUUACAAAACAUAUCAUAUCUUUUGGUGACAAAUGCAUUCGUCGGCAAAAUAGCUGCUCGCGCUUUACUAUAUCUACAAUCAGCGGUCGAAUUAAAAACAGUGCAGAAGGAUGUUUUGAGGCAAAAGCAUGAAAUAGAAUCGUACGUAGUACAAAUUUAUCGGCACAAUCUGAUCAAGGACGGAGGCAUCAUCAAACGGAAACUACGCGAGAAACUUUUCGAAGAGAUAAAACUGCGCCGCAACACUCGUGUCAAAAUGGACGAGUUGGGCUGGGUGUUGAUGAACCACGAUUUGAUAACACGUAAUGAGCCAAACCAACAGCAUGCCAAUGGUAAUCGACCAAAUAAUUUUAAAUUCAACAUGGAGCGGUUGCGAAACCUACUGGAGCAGCACGAACAGAACAAUCACGCUGAGUUGACUUCCAAAAAGCAAAACAAAUUCCUGCGACUUCUAUCGGAAAUUCGUCAUGUGACUACGGUGGAACGUAUGCUGAAACAUGCUGCUGCUUUGUAUGCCGAGAGUAUUUCCACACUGCCGAUGAGUAUACCAGUCAUUUCCAAAAAUUGCAUGGUGAGAAAUUUCUUAUUGUUGCGGUGGUGGAUCGAUUUCAGACUAGUCAAAAGUUCAACGUUCUACAUCACUACAAUGUCCUUAAUCCGGUGACAAUAUUCACGAUUUGCAACGUAUACCACACAGCCCUAAUAAAAAAAAACAAGAAAAGACGGGUCUAAUAUUUUACAAUACAGAACAAAUCUACCACUUUCCACGAAAGUCGGAGAACCACUAUAUCGGUUCGACAUGGAAUGGCUAAUACAUAUAAGGCAGAAAAAAGGUUUAACUUUGGAAUUCAACAUCCUAUAUUUUCUCGUACCAUUAAGUUCAUGGCGCAUUUGAUGUCGGUCAUCGUAGCUGCUGCUAUGGAAAUGACGUGAGCAUAUACCUUGAUUUUUCUGAGGCUUCCAAUCCUUCGAUUGGCCACAGAAAAGUAUCCAUUUAUGAAGUCUAUCUCCAUCUCGGGGGAAAGUGUGGUAAACAAUGUCCGGGUUGUUUUUCGUUAUGCGGACCUUGUUUCCGCAUCCUUUUACUGCACAAUAAUACGGCAUCUGAAGAAAAUAAGAUAUUCACAAUAUAAUUUUGGCAUGAUAGAGAACCGCGAGAUGAACGAUUAUCUGUGGAGGAGUUGGACAACAGAUUUCUUAGACUUAUAGCACUUUAAUCACACUCACAAGCUCUUCAAAUCCUCACUGUCCCCCAAAACUAUUGAAUAAUAUGUAAUAUAAAUACCUUAUUGCAGCUCUAGUACACUAUUUUUCACGAAUAUAUAUUUGCUUAUUUCUUUCUUCAGUUGUUUUCCUCAGCGAGUUGAUAUGAAACCAUAACGACACAACCAAACAAAAAGUAAACAAUGCAGAAAGCUACGUCUCGCAACUCGUCUCACGUAUUGUCAUGAAAGUGUCAAGAACGAAACACCUAUAGUUUAGCAUCUUGACAAAAACGAUAUUACUGUACAUUGUAUGUUACAGAUUAACAUCGAACACAUUGAUCCCCUUUGAUUCAAAAAUUCGUCAUCACGUCCCGCACCCCAAGGCAAUCCGAGAAUUGCUCGGUUCGCGCAGCAACUUCGACAUAAAUUCCCCAGCACUCGCACUCAGAAAACCUUGAUAGGAGGAACCUUCACUGGAGGAGCCGUUGAACGGCUAAACAUCCAUGCCCAGUAAUAUCACAUGCAGUCUCAUCCGUAGUCAUUAGCGUCACUUUCAGAGAGUGGAUGGCAAGAUUCAGUAGCACUAUUUAUUAUUCAUUUAUCUUUUAGUUGCAUUGUUAUUAUUGUAACUAUUUCAUAUCGGCGUUGUUUCAUUCGUCCAUUGUUUACUGCAUUGCCAAACAUGAGCACAAUAUCCUCAGCGCAAUCCUGAAAUUGAAAAUUGUAAAGAGAUGAACGGGUAAUUAUUUACCUUCAGGAAAAUUUAAAAUUAUUAACUAUAGCAUCUCUGAAUUGAUAGAAGUUCGAUGAUUCGAUAGUUCCUGCAUUUUCAAGGAUCGUUUAUUUUUCUUCAGUACAGGUUUUGUUAGUAUAAUUUGUAACCUACUGCGCUUCAGAGAUUCAUCUUGAUUUUCCAGCAGAUUUAAAUUGUUCUGGUCAAGAAUAUCUUUCACGCCUCGACAUUCACAAUGCUGCAUUCGAUGUAUGAUAUAAUCGUUGCGGUCCGAGUCAGCAGAAAAAUCUGAGUUUCUAUUCGGCAAAUUUCGGGUUGCAGAGGUUUUGUUUUUGAUCCACAACUGAUCCACAACAAAUUAUCCGUUGCGGGGCUGUUGAAGUUGGAACAAAUAUUUUCUUCUAGGUUAUAAAGGAGUUGAUCCAUCUAAUCGUAACCUUCGUAUUCCCCAUAAUUAUAUCCAACCUUUGAAUGUAGUGAGGCACAAUCACGAUUUUCUAUAGCUGUACGAGUGAGACUCAAGAACAAGAACGCUAACAC